AUGAUUCCGUCCAAUGCGCGUGCCAGAUCUCCACCAAUCAGGGUCCGCCGCGUGUGGGUCGCAUCGUGCCUGGCUCUGGCGUGCGUCGCGUGGGGCGCAGCGUUUCUCUUCCGCUUCACCCACCCGGCGCGCGGGGAGUGGGUCGCGGCGGGGAUCGGGGGUGUGGUUGCUGGCGGGAAUGGCUCCGACUGGCGAGGCGCGCAGGCGUGGAGGUGGUUGGGGGAAGGCUGGAAGGGAGUGGAACAGCGUAUUCGCAACGCGGCGUCGCCGCACGGAUUGGAAAAGUCGUCGGCUUCUGGAGAAGGCGUAUCUGUGGUGGUGGAUGGGUGGAUGGACAUGCGCGAGGCGGCGAGGCUGUGGCAACAACGCGUGGGGUGCGGGGAGUUCAGGCGCAAGUACGGCCACGCCGGCGCCCAGGGCCACGGCGCGCAGGCGAAGCGAGGACCAGCAGCGUUUCCCCCCAAUCCCAGCCUUCAGGACGUGAACUCGCCCGCAUGUGCGUUGCUCAACCUCUCCCACGUGGUGGUACACGUGGAGCAGCCUGAUUGGCUGGAGCCCACCGGGCUGGAUGGCUUCCACGUGUGCCCCAGAUGCAGCAUCACCUGCCAGCUCUCCUGGAAUCCCUCUCAACUGCCCACCACCCCCCACGCGCGCCUCUUCGUGCAUUCCCCCGACGCCAUGCCCCUCACGCGCGCGCCCACGGCGCCCCUGCGAGUGCUGCUGCAGAUGGAGGCGGACGGGGUGCUGGCGAGCGCGCAGGCGCAGGGGCGGGUGGACGUGGGCGUGGGGUACGGGGCAGGGGGCGCAGUGCAGGUGACGUAUGUGGACGUGGAGCGCACUCUCAGGGCGGGCAGGCAGCACCUGCUGGCCGACAGGAAGCGCCAAGUGUGUGAGUGGGGGGGCGCACAUGCAUGUUCUUGCACGCACGGCGCCUUGUGGUGUGAGCAGGGUGGUGGUGCAUGGCGUGAGCAGGGUGGUGCAUGGCGUGAGCAGGGUGGUGCAUGGCGUGAGCAGGGUGGUACAUGGCGUGAGCAGGGUGGUGCAUGGCGUGAGCAGGGUGGUGCAUGGCGUGAGCAGGGUGGUGCAUGGCGUGUGGUAGAUGCCUGCCAGCCUGACGUGCUGGUGCACCACGCCUCCUCCAACUGCGAGGUGCCGUGGCGCGCACUGCUGCUUGAGUCACUGCUGCCGCGGCUGCCCCACCACAGCUUUGGCGCCUGCAGCAACAACAUGGGCGGCACCAACCGCGAAGCAGCACUCUACCCUGCAUGCUCACACGCGUAUGUGGGUGAUCAGCGGCAGGAGGUGGCACACUGUGUGAAGUCGCACUACAAGUUUGACCUCGCUAUUGAGAACACCCGCGCCCCCAACUAUGUCACUGAGAAGUUCUACAGUGCACUUGAAGCAGGGACAGUGCCGGUGUACUUUGGAGCGCCGGACAUUGCCAGCUUUGCGCCGCCCGAGUCAUUCAUUGACGGGCGGCAGUUUGCCUCCCACCAGGCCCUGGUGGAUCACAUCAAUCGUCUCCACAGUGACCCGGGCAACCGGACGGUGGCGGCGAGCGAGGCGGACGGCAAGGCGGCGACGGAGCACGCGAAGAAGCUCGUCGACGUGCUCCUCGAGCCGCUCCUCGCGCUCGUCCGCGCCGCCAAUGCGCCGUGUUCGGCGGUGCUGGAACUCAACGACUCGCGCCACGACGGCCUCGUCGCCGCCGCCAGACGCGCAGCUGCGGAUCGCGUUUACAUGGGCGCGAAGAAGAAGCUGCUGGGGUGGUCGUCGUCGGCGACCGUCGCGCAGUGCCAGGCCAGUCUGCCGCCCGCGUGCCGCCUCUUCAUCGCUCAGGGCGGCUCGCGACUGCAGCGCCUACAAGCUGCGGGGAAGGCCCACUACGCCCACCCAACCCCCCCCCCGUUUUACACCUUUCCCUCCUCCGCCUCCGCGCCUUCCUCCGCCGUCCCUUCCGCUUCCCCACCCGCCGCGGACGUGCAACACCCGUCGCGCGGCAUUCCCCCCUCGAUCUCCUCCACCUCGCUCCCCCUGCAGGCCGCCGACGCCGCGCUCGCCUCCCCCUCCCCGAUCUCCUCCUCCGCGCGCUUCCCCUCCUCCGCGCAGGGCCAGAUGGAAGCCGCGCAGCAACAGGUGGGGGCGGCCAGAGAGGCGCCGGGGAACGCGGAGGAGAGCAGGCGACGGGACGGGUGGGGGGCGCACGCGCGCGGGCACAGGUCAGCGUCGUGCGGGGGCGGGGAGGACGCGGAUUCGGGGCUGCUGGCGCAGCAGCUGCAGGAGCUGAGCGCGCAGGCGGCGCAGGGGGGAGAAGGGGCGAGCCGGGCGGAGUUGGAGCGGCAGCUGCAGCAGGUGGUGGCGCUGCAGCAGCGCAUUCAGCAGCAGCUCCGCGGCAGCCCGCUCCCCGCGCCACACGCCGCUAGCACCGGCUCCGCGCCCAGCGCGUCCCCCACCAGCCAGGGCUCCGCGCAUGGCGCACCGGGCAUGGGCAUGGGCGCGGGCAUGGGCGCGGGCAUGGGCAUGGGCAUGGGCAUGCGCGCGGGGUUGAGUCUGUCGCAGGACUGCGACUACCCCGUGUCGCCAGGGUCGCUGUCGCAAGGCCACGCCACGUCGCCCCUCGGCCCCGGCUUCAAACCCCCCCGCUCUCCUGCUGGGGGAGCACGCGGAACCGCCGCGGGCACUGCGCCAUUCGCCCUGUCCCCCGACCUGGCAUCCCCCGCGUCGCAGCAGCGCCAUUUCCCGCGCAUUCUCUCCGCGCCCACCUCCUCUGCCGCCGCGGCUGCCGUGGCGGCUGCGGCAGGCGCGCAGGGGGACGCGGGAACGGCCCCCAGCAGCACGGGCAGCUCCCCCGCCACGUCCAUGGAGCGCCGCCUGCUGCCCCCCCGCCGCCCCUCCUUCGACGCGCGCGCCCUCGCCGCCCCCGCUGCAGCCGCGCCACCUGCGCCAGUGACGGGCGCAGCAGGGGGAGGCGCAGCGGGCGCGCGGAGGGGCGGGGGGUCAUUGUCGCGCGUGCGGAGCUACGAGACGCUGGUGGCGCUGAGAGAGGAGGAGGGGGAGGGGCACGGGGGAGGGGCGGAAGGCGAGGAGGGGGAGGGGGAUGGGGAGGGCGAGGAGGUGGGCCAUGGGCGGUCACUGGCGGAUGAGCUGGCGGCGCUGGCGGCGGAGGAUGAGGGGGGCGAGGGGGCCGAGCGCAAGGGGUCGACUGAGAGCUGGAGAGGGCGCGCUGUGAGCAGCAACCGUGGGGCGGGCAGCAGCGCGGGCAGUGAUGCCGAGGCUGCUGCUUGGGCGGCUGGACGCAACGGGACGACCAGCGCCCGCACGCCCGACAGCAUGCCAGCGCUGCCCUCGUCACUGGCCCUGGUGCAUUCUGGUGGUCUCCCUCAGAGUGGCGGUUACCAGUCAGGCAGUCUGCCGCAGUCGGGCAGCAUACCGGGGUCGGGGGGACUCAUGGCGGGCAGCAGCAUCGCCAGCACCGACACCUUCCUGCCUCUCGACAGCUUCGAGUCCUCGGAAGCUUCCCAGAACCGGCUGCCUUCGCGCUUCCAGCACCUGACAGCGAUGGCGGCGCGGCAUGGGCAGUCGCAGGGGCCGCUGCUGGCGGCCGCGUCGCAUGGCGCGCUGCACGCGCACUCCCAUGGCGCCUCCUUCGGCCGCGCCGCCUACAGCAGCGGCCAGCUCGGUGCGGGCGGCGGCGGGGCGGGCGGCGACGGGUUUGACUGCCGGCAGUUCACGGCGCAGCAGCUAGCGCGCGCCACGGGGGGGUACGCCAAGGAGAACCUUCUGGGAAGGGGGUCAUUCGGGCAGGUGUUCAAGGGCGAGAUGCUGGGGUGCAAGGUGGCGGUGAAGCGGCUGGAGGGGCAGGGGUGGCAGGGGCCCGACGAGUUCAGAGUGGAGGUGGAGGUGCUGUCGCGCAUGCGCCACCCCAACAUCGUGCUGCUCAUGGGCUGCUGCACCGAGGAAAUGGCUCUUGUCUACGAGUUCCUCCCGGGCGGCACGCUACAGGACAAGCUCGGCCCGCCCAAGGGGUCGGCGGCGGUGCCGCUGAGCUGGGCGGAGCGGCUGCGCAUCGCAGCGGAGAUGUCGUCAGCGCUGCUGUACCUGCACCAGAACGACCCGCCCAUCGUGCACCGCGACUUGAAGCCCGACAACAUUCUGCUGGACGGGCACCUGGCGAGCAAGAUCGGCGACGUGGGGCUGGCGCGGCUGCUGGAGGCGGACGGCGCGACGACCAUGAAGGUGCGCGGCACGGCGGGGUACAUCGACCCCGAGGAGGUGGAGACGUGUGAGAUCAGCGUGCUCAGCGACGUGUACGCGCUGGGGCUCAUCCUGCUGCAGCUGCUCACAGGGCAGAGGAGCGUCAAGGCCGUGCACCGCAUGCUCUCUGAAGCCGCCACCAAGGGCCGCGCGCGCCCGGGGGACGUGGGGCCGGGUGGGGCGAGCCGGGCGGCAGUGGCCGUGGUGAUGCGGUAUCUGGACACGGCAGGGGGGGAGUGGCGCGCGGAUCUGGUGGAGCAGGUGGUGGGCGUGGCGCUGCGCUGUGCGGAGCGGCGGAGGGCCAAGCGGCCGGAGCUGGUGGGGGAGAUCCACCCGCUGCUGGUGAGAGUGGCGGCCGAGGCGGAGGCGGAGGUGAAGCAGCGCAAGCAGCAGAUGGACUCGCAGUUCCUCUGCCCCAUCUCCAAGGUACCGUGCUCUCUCUCUCUUGGCCCUUUUCCCUUCCAAGCCGCUGGGACUUGCGCUUGCCCUACUUCCCCCUCUCUCUGCACCUCCCAUCCACCCACUCCCCAUUCAUAUUACCCCCUCUUGUGCCUUUCCGUGUCUCCUCUCUGCCCAUCACAGGAGGUGAUGCGGGACCCGGUGGUGGCGGCGGACGGGUUCACGUACGAGAGGGAGCACAUGGAGCGGUGGAUGGCGUCGUGCACGCUGUCGCCCGCCACGGGGCAGCCCCUGGCGCACUGCAGCCUCACCCCCAACCACGUCCUCAAAAACCUUAUCGCCUCCCACCGCCAGCGCUGA